AUGGAAGAGAUCACGGAACAUCGUUCUGAUGAGAAGGCAGUAAAGAUGAAAGAUGCCUUUUAUCCCCUCGCAAGUGGAGCGCAACAAAGACGGCACACGACAGCAGGGUGGGACUUCUACGUUACUUGGAAAGAUGGUUCCUCAAAUUGGAUACCUCUGAAAGAUAUGAAGGACUCUUUCCCGAUUGAAGUGGCCGAUUACGCAAUAAGCAAGGGCAUCCGAGACGAACCCGUUUUGCAUGGUGGAUCCCCCAUGUUAGAAGUUCCUAUUUGA